AGUACUACGGCCGCCUCACCUACAAGGUAUUCAUUUCGGUAAAGUUCCGAAGUCAAACAUUCGUGGUCCAUCACAAUCGAGAAUGCUGCCACACCUGCGUAAUGGCGAAUUUCUCCAUAUCCGCCAUUUGUAUACUCUUAACACAGCAUCAACCAGACUACCGUGUAUUCCACCCUCUGCCACUCGUCAAGAUGAUUUCUGCAGCAAUCUCAAUCGUGACUCAAAGUUCCUCGAUCAGAGCCGACCUCUUCGCAAACCAAACAUUGGAUUUCAAGCAGAACAACCAUGGAUGAUGCGAAGAGAAUGAAGACGGCAGGGUGCUUGCCAACAUUUCUCGGCUUCUUCAUCUUCCUGUUCUUGGGUUAGAUCUCAUGGCUGCUUCCACCCACGGUGUUCCCGAAAAGACUGGCCAACGGCGUGUUCGUACUUCUCGGACAAAUGUGAAUGGAAUUACAAACGGAAUCGUUGACACCACUGGGAAGAGUGGAUCUCUGGUGACACUCAUGCCCGAUUUUAGCGCUUGGCAAAAAGGACAAGGCGCUGUCUGUAGUAUCUGGGCAGACGCCUGUGUUUGUGCAGGCGCGUUUGGUGGACAAAUUGUGCGCAGCGCCGACGUUGUCUACGAAAUUUAUGUGGGCCUGUUCGAUAUUGGUACACACUCGAUGUAUCAACCAACUCAGGCUACGAGGCGAUCCGGAGACUGCAGAGGGUUGUUGUCCCUCUCGGCGAAAUCAAAUUGAAGGGACUAGAGCGUCAGCGCUUAGAUGCGUCGGGGUUACAUCCGAGCGUAUCCCUGUUAUCCACCCAGUCCCAAGUAGAUUCUGAUGCUAAUAGCACCGCUGCGGCACGAGUUCAUCUGACGAAACUCCAUCCGAUCAUUCCGAUGACGUGUGUCUGGAGUGAUGAGCUUUGUGUCUUCUAAUCCUGUCCAUUCCUAUAUCGCUUUGAUAAUCAUGUU